AUGCUGCGUAUUCAAUGUUUCAAUGAUCUAAAGCUGAGAGCUUUGGGUCGAGGAAGACGGCGCAACACGCGACAAACGAUUCGAUGUAGCGACAAAGUUUUGAAACUCUUGUAUCCCAAAGCCUUUGACAAUCACCGUCGUGGCAUGUGGCACUUCAGACCUUGA